UGGUUUGGGCGGGGAAAGAGAAGAUGGCUCAUCUACCAGAUGAUGAUCUUCCUUCUUCUUUUGAUAUUGUAAUAGUUGGUACAGGCCUUAUCCAAUCGAUCGUUGCCGCUGCUGCUGCUCGAGCUGGCAAGACAGUUCUUCACUUGGACAAUAAUUCUUAUUAUGGUGGGUGUUGGGCCACUCUAAUGUAUAAUGAUCUUCAGCGUUGGAUCGAGGUACAUUCAAAAGAAGUCACUGAUGAAGACGAAUCAACUGUUGUCACACAACUGAAUGAAGAUGAGGUGUCCGUUAAGUGUAACUUAUCAUUAUCUGAUAAAGUGACUAAUCUUAUUGAAAUCAACCAUUCGGAAGAGGAGGAAGAAGAGGAUAAAGGAGAGAAUAAAACUGAUGAGGAAGCCUUAGUUGAGUCUGUUCCCAUUAAUGAAGAGCCCACUUCAAAUGACGCUCCAGAUAUGCCAAUAAACAAUGAACCAAUUGAAUCUAAAGUAAAAGUUACCUGGAACAAUUUAGGGAAUCAGAAAAAACGCUUUAAUUUUGAUCUUAUUCCUAAAUUGCUCUAUUGCCGAGGGGAAAUGGUUGAUAUCAUUGUUCAGUCUGGUGUGUCACGCUAUCUUGAAUUUAAGAGCCUUCCUAAGCUUUAUUGCUCAAAUGCAAAUCAUGAAAUUAUUCAAGUGCCAUGUUCCAGAGCUGAUGUAUUCACUAGUAGUAUUGUUAGUAUGCUAGAGAAACGUAAGCUAAUGAAAGUCUUAACAUUCUGUGCUGAAUAUGAGAAGCAUGAAACAGAUUAUCAAGAAUAUAUUGGUCAUCCUUUUACUGAGUUUCUUCAGUCAAGAGACCUUACUGAUAAUAUCAUUCAAUUUAUAUUGCACUCUAUUGCAAUGGUUGAUGAAUCAGAGACUACACUGAAUGGUCUGAAAGCUACACAGAUGUUUUUACAUAGCCUUGGCCGAUUUGGCAAUGCUCCAUUUCUUUAUCCUUUAUUUGGUAAUGGAGAGUUACCUCAAGGCUUUUGUAGGUUGUGUGCAGUGUUUGGUGGUGUGUAUUGCUUAAAGAGAUCAAUCAGAGAAUUAAUAGUUUCAUCAGACAACAAACAAUUAAUUGGUGUGGUUUGUACUACUGGUCAACGUAUACAAUGCUCGUCUUUUGUGGGUCCAGCUGGUAUGUUAAGCAGUGGUAGUGUUAGCAGCCAAAGAAUAUCUCGUGCUAUAUUUAUAACUGAUGGACAGAUAGAUGGAAUGGAUGAGAAGAUCAGUUUAUUGACUAUCCCACCAGCAUCUGAUGAUUCACCCGCUUCAAGAGUAUCAGUGCUACAGUUGGACAGCUCUACAUUAACAUCUACUGAAGGAACAAAUAUGAUUCAUGCUACUUGUAAAAGCUUUGGAUCAUCUGCUAAAGAAGACUUGGAGUUUAUUGUACAAAGAUUCUUUAGUACAUGUACUACUCCAUCAGACAACAAGCCACGUCUCCUAUGGUCACUGUACUAUAACCUAUCAUUGUCUUCUUGUUCUCAUUCCACUGAGACUGAUAGCAGUCGUGAUGUCAAAAGUGAUCUACCACCUAAUGUAUUGAUGGUGUCUGAUCCUGAUGAUACUAUAUCCUAUGAGGCAUGCAUUCAUGAGGCAAAGAAAGUUUUUGAAUGUCUUUAUCCUGAUGAGCCUUUCCUGCCAAGAAUGCCUGACAGUGAAGAUAUUAUAUAUGGGGAAGAGGAAACUGCUUCCUCAGACCAGUUAGCUGGAGAAACAGAAGAGGAAACCUCUGCUAAUCAAAAGAAUGAUGAGGAAGAUCAACAUAAUGAUGAGAAAGAUCAAGAGUUUGAUGAAAAAGUUGAAGAUACUAGUACUAAACAGAACCCCGAACAGAAUGAUUCAAUUUGAGAUUGAGAGAAAGAGUCAAAGCUAAAACAGGUUUUAUUAUUAUUCUUUUAUUUUGCAUUAUUGAUAUUUGUAUCUAAA